CAAGAAGUGAUUCUAUUGACUCCUCAUACAUCAGAAACGACCAGAGGAAGGACAACAGCACUGGAUCGAUUUCAUCGAGCAUUCCUGGAGUAACUCUCUGAUGACCUCUGAAGAAAGCCGGUUAUCUAAACAUGGAGGACCACAUGACCAAAAUGAACAUGUUUUCUUUUGACACGUCUAAUGACUUCACAGAUGGAUCUCAAGCAGAAAUGAUUUUGGUCCCAGGGAAAGCAAAUGGCCACGAUCUGCUAUGUACUGUGUGUAGUGACUCGAGCAGUGGUAAACAUUAUGGGAUCUACGCCUGCAACGGCUGCAGUGGCUUCUUCAAGCGCAGUGUGAGACGAAGACUCAUCUACAGGUGUCAGGCUGGAACUGGCAGGUGCCCCGUUGACAAGGCCCAUCGGAACCAAUGCCAAGCGUGUCGACUAAAGAAGUGUCUCCAAGCCGGCAUGAACAAAAAUGCUGUGCAGAAUGAGCGACAGCCUCGCAGCACAGCACAUGUCAGUCCGGACUCUAUAAAUGAGGACACUGAAAAGGAACACUUGGCCACCACACGGGAGCUCACCUCCUACGCCCCCUACUCAUCAGUCAACUGCAAACCUCUGGCCGCCACCUCGGCCGCCGUGCAGCCCUGCAGCUACCCCAAUAACUACCACCGCUUUAUGGGCAGCCUGCGUACUGCAGAGACCUGUGCAAAGCUGGAGCCUGAGGACGUGGAGGAGAAUAUUGAUGUGACGACCAAUGAUUCAGAGAGAGAUCGGACUACCUCCGACCCGCGUCUGUCCCCGUACACCUCCAGCUGUCUGGAGACUAUAUACGAGACAUCGGCACGACUCCUCUUUGUGUCUGUCAAGUGGGCUAAAAAUCUGCCUGUUUUUGCUCACUUGCCAUUUCGAGACCAGGUGAUUCUCCUGGAGGAAGUUUGGAGUCAGAUGUUCCUCUUGUGUGCCAUCCAGUGGUCCCUGCCCAUGGACAGCUGUCCUCUUCUGUCUCUGCCAGAUCUCUCUCCCACACAGAAGGCCAAGAUCAGCCUCCCUACAGAUGACCUGCGUAUCCUGGAAGAGGUCUUUCAUCGCUUUAAGGCCCUAGCUGUUGACCCUACUGAGUUUGCCUGCCUGAAAGCUAUUGUUCUGUUCAAGCCAGAGACACGCAGCCUCAAAGACCCAGAGCAGGUGGAGAAUCUGCAGGACCAGUCACAGGUGUUGUUGGGUCAGCACAUCCGUUCACUAUACCCCAGCCAAGGGGCCAGGUUUGGGAGACUUUUACUUCUGCUGCCAUCCCUCCACUUUGUGAGCUCUGAGAAGAUAGAGCAGCUGUUCUUUCACACAACUAUUGGCUGCACACCCAUGGAGAAGCUGCUGUGUGACAUGUUCAAAAGCUAAGACACAAACUUACACAAGAAGACAGGAAAGCCAAAUGACACCUGCUUGGAAAGCGUCAUAAACCGACCCUCAAGCAACAUGUUUUCUGAUAGUUUGUUUCACGUACUGUGGUUUUGACUUUCAACAAAUUAACCAUUUUUCACAGGAAUUGUUUCCUCACUAUAAGUCGAUAAGCCAGUUGAAAAUAGCCAUUACAAUUCAUGAUAUUCUUAUAAAAGCUACGAGAAUAACCUUUUGUUUUCGGUUGAUUUUGGUUGUCCCUGUGUGGACAAUAGUCGUACGUGUUUCUGAGCAGUUUUCCCUCAACAGGGCCUGAGAGUCUGCCACGCAUGUUCUUGGUCCUGGUUCUGGUUCAACGCCGCAGCAGAUGCUGCUGUGGAAGUUUUAGCAGCUCAGGGAUGCACAGUAGAAGUAUUAGAUCCGUACGCCAUGAAGUUUAAAGCCACUGCUUAUGCUGAGGACAUCCCCGGAUGAUAUCCAGUAACCCAGCAAUACGGACUGGGCUUCCAUCAGCGUAAUGUCAGUGUUGGCUCCCAGCAAGUACAGGAGCAACAAGGCAAAGGAGGAGGAGGAGACGCUGCUGCCGGCGCUGUGCUCUCCUUCCUCCCGCCAGAGCUUACAACUACAGGUAGAUGGCAGCAGCAAAGCCAGAGCUGGGGGGGGUCCGUGUGGGCUGGUUGCAACUGGAGGCCACGCUGCAUGGAGACUGAGCUGAAAAAGUUUCGAGUGAACCUGCAUGAUUUCAACAGAAUCUGAUCCGGUGGCACAGAUGACAAGUUUUAAGAAUAACUAAAUAGCCAAUUUUCUUCCUGAUGGUGUUGUUUACUUACCUAGAUCAUAUAGAAGCAUUAGUAUGAAAGACUAUGUAUUUUGAUUGUAAGUAUACGUCUUAAAUAAAUAAGGGCAUUUUGUAUUUGACAA